UGUUCACUGUGAAAUAUCAGACUGUAAUUCUGUGUUUUGGCCAUUAAAUGCCGCUGUUUCUUAACAUGGCUAACAUUGUGCAAGUAUUUGAAUAUUCAAUUGUAGUUGGAGACUCUCUCAGUCUGGAGAAGAAGCAGGAAGCAGAGCAGUAUACAACUUAGGAGAGAGGCAGAGGGGCUGGAGAACAGAAAUCGGUCGCAUCCAGGCGUCAGGGAGCCUGAGUUGCAGCUGAAGGAGGCUGAUCGCAGUCCAAAUCCCAGAGUCCGUCCGGAGAAAGAGGAUCUGUCUACAUAUAGGCCUGGAGCGUUCUUCAGCAAUCGGAGCUGCAGUUGAGUGACCUCACCAUUUGUUCCAGAACCAGAUUCUGUUCUGAGGAAAGAGCAUCAAUUUCAGGAAGAUGACGAGAACGGAGGAGCAAAGUUACAAACCCGGCUGGAUCGCAUGUUGUGGCAGGGACUUGUUGUUUGGUCUGGACUCGCCAGCGGAUACAGUACAGACCCAGGUCAUGGCGGCCAGAAACCAUUUGUAACACAGCUCAUGCUGGAAGGUUCCACAGAAACGAGACAUAAUCUUCUGAGAAAUAUGAAUCACGCAGUUCAGGUUUGGUUUGGAGACGAUCUUCCAUUAAGUCCAAGAAGCCCUCUAACGCCAAGACAUGGCCCGGGUCUGUCUGAUGUUUCUCAGUAUGACCAGUGGUUGGCUGUUCGCCAUGAAGCCUCCCUGGUACCUAUGCAGGAAGACCUGGCCAUAUGGUUAAGUAGCUUGUUAGGUGUAGAAGUUAGAGGGGAACGAUUUAUGGAUGAUCUUGACAAUGGUGUCCAUCUCUGCCAGCUGAUUUAUGUUGUGCAGCACACUAUGAGACAAUGCUGCACAGCUGAAGAGCUAGUGAGAAUGCCCAUGAGGAGGGUGCCAUGCAGAAAAGAUGCUCCAUCUGGCUCUUUCUUUGCUCGAGACAACACGGCUAACUUCCUUCGUUGGUGUAAGAGUAUUGGGGUAGAUGAUGCCUAUCUUUUUGAAUCUGAAGGUCUGGUUCUACAUAAAGAUCCCCGGCAAGUGUGUCUCUGCCUCCUUGAUGUGGGCCGGAUUGUAUCCCGAUAUGGAGUGGAACCACCUGUUCUUGUAAAGCUUGAAAAAGAGAUUGAACUUGAAGAAACACUGUUAAUGGAAUCUGGACCGCUAGCUCCUACCACUAUUGAGAAAACCUGCUGUCAUCACGAGCUGCAUGAGGCUGUGACCCAUAUUGCUCAAGAUCCUCCCUGCAACUGCUCCCACAGAUUCUCCAUUGAAUACUUAUCAGAGGGCCGCUAUCGAUUAGGGGAUAAAAUCCUAUUCAUAAGGAUGCUACAUGGAAAGCAUGUCAUGGUUAGAGUCGGAGGAGGAUGGGACACGCUUCAAGGUUUUCUGUUGAAAUUUGACCCCUGUAGAGUGCUGCAGUUUACAACUUUGGAGCAAAAGAUUUUACAGUUCCAGAAAGGUGUACAAAGUGACAGUGUGCCAACACAAGCAAGCAAAUCUCUACAGCCUCCUGUAAUGAACCCCUUAUCUGCAAUCAAUGGUUCACAAAAAACAGCCUCUACCCUAACCCCGCAAGUAACCCCUUCCAGUGGUAUCCUCAAAAGUCAAAACUCUCCUAUGUCGACUUCUAACAGGGGGACUAAGAAUCCGCCAAUUUCAUCAGUACGUCCCAAAAUCCAAGUCCUGCCAAGAAAGGGGUCUCCGUUACUUCCUGAGCCACAAAAGAAGGUAGCAAAGAAAUCAAAUUCCCCACCACAUAUUUCUACAGGUAGACCUGAAACCAGAGGUACACAGAAAAACACUACUUCACCUAGUAAUGUUGGGAAAACCAAUGGCUUACACACUACUAAAGUUGCACAGAAUGGAGAACUUGUGAUGCAGUGUGGGGGUAAGAACCAGAAGAUACAGGCUCCUAAAAGUGCACCCACAUCUUUGGCCUAUCCUAUAACAAAAUCUAAGGGUGUGUCUGACCUCCGGGCAAAGCCAGGACCGUUAAAAACAAGUUCUUGUACACCAGCUAUUACAUCAAGUAAAUCUGAGUCCUCUAAGAGGACUGAGGUUGUAAAGCAGAACUGCAAGAGCACUGCCAAUCAGAAAUGUGUCUCGGCCACUGUUUCCUCCAAGGAUGUAAAGAUAAGUAAAAAGGGAGACACAGCAAAGAACAAUCUCCAGGAGAGGAAGCCCUUUGUGGUAUCUUCACGUGUGCCUGACAAAGUCACGGUUUUUCCGUACCUUUCAAAACCUUCAUCGAAUUCGCCAACUGCAGUCCAGUCAAACACUGCUAAACCAGUCCAGACUGCCAGAAAUGUCACUAAUAAGACUGCGUCUGAUAAGACUACAGCCUCUGGACGCACACCACUCUCUGUUGUUAAACUUCCACAAUCUGCACCCAAAACACAGGCUAUACCAAAGACAAAGCCCUCCUCAAAAACUCAGCCUAUGAGCAGCACCUUAAAGAAAGAUAAAGAACCAACUGCUUCUGAUCAGCUUGGUUCAAAGGUAAAACUGCCUCGCCGGGCCGCUCCAAAUUCCAUGAAAGAUAAAUUGGCUAAGAGCAAGGAAGACCACCUUAUUGUAUCAAAAAAUAAGUGAACAAAACACCUUACCAGGGUCAUUGAUGUAAUUGAUCAUUUUCCAUAUUGUGUGCAAGUCCACUUUGGUUUUACUGCAGACAUAAUUUAAUGUUUUUAUUCUCAAGUACAAUUAUAUGCUCUACCUAAAAUAACACUAUGCAAGAAACACAUCUACAGGUGUCAUUUACUGCUAUUCCUCAGGUAGAUGUGUACACGCCAACUGUGCUCUGUAUGAAUAAUCCUGCUGGCGGGAAGCCAUAUAGUUUUUAGACUGCUACCAAAUGCUGCCUUACUGUGGAGACAGAAAUAUUUAAGUGCCUUCAUGUUAGGCUUUUAAAGGCAUCUAUAGGUGGGUAAAUCACAUUUCCAAGUGCAUUUUAAACUGGAACUAUGCAAAAUGUAAUAAAACCAUGUCAAGACAGCCAGGUUUGUUCUCAAUUACACAUUGAUGUUGGCUUAUGUGGUAUGGUGUGUACAUAGGAUUUUUUUUUCCAGAGUUGCGCAGUGACAUUUGCAAUGCUAACUUCUAGUGAAUGGCGGAAUCAUGCCACAUAUUUGCUGUAAUGUAUAGAAACAUAUGCAUUAUUUUUUUAAUGGCAGCUGUAGGAAUUUAAAGGGUUUUCCCCAGGAUUUUAAUAGUGAGGUCAUCAAUAUCAAAUCGGCGGGCACCCCCCCCGAUUUAGCUGUUUCUUUACCUGCUCACUAUCGACAGCGCAGCGGUGAGCAGGUGUAACUACAAGGCUCCCAUUCGCGGCUUGUAGUUGCACCUGCUCACCAUUGCAAUGUUGAACUAGGUAAGGCUGCUCGCACAUGGUGUGGUCUCCUCUUCAACUAGAUGAUCGGCGAGGGUGCCGGGUGUCAAACCCCCACCAAUAUUUAUAUUGGUGACUUAUCCUGAGGAUAGGUCAUCUUUUUUUUAAA